AUGGAGCUAAUCAUAUUAUUGAUUAUGGCACUUCUUUCCAUACUUGUAGCUUCAGUUUUUUGUGUGUCACAUUUCUGGGCAACUCCCAAAGCCAUGGAGGUAAUCCCAGGUAGCUUGGGCUGGCCUAUUGUAGGAGAAAGUUUCUCAUUUUUAUCUGAAUUUUCAAGCCCAUCUGGUAUUUGCAGCUUCAUGCACAAAAGGCAGGAAAGGUAUGGUAAGGUGUUCAAAACACUUGUACUAGGAAGAUUCACUGUCUUCAUGACUGGGAGAGAAGCAGGCAAGAUAUUGUUAACAGGAAAAGAUGGGAUGGUGAGUUUGAACCUCUUUUACACUGGGAAGCAAGUGCUAGGCCCAACUAGCUUGCUUCAGGCCACCGGAGAUGCGCACAAGAGGCUCCGACGUCUGAUUGCAGAGCCCCUAUCAGUUGAUGGCCUUAAAAAGUACUUUCAGUUUAUCAACACACUCGCUAUCGAAACGAUGGAGCAGUGGCCUGGUCGGACAGUUUUGGUCCUUGAAGAAGCUUCCACAUUCACUCUCAAAGUUAUUGGUCAUAUGAUAAUGAGCCUGGAGCCAACUGGUGAAGAGCAAGAGAAAUUCCGAGCCAAUUUUAAACUUAUCUCUUCCUCCUUUGCUUCCUUGCCGUUUAAAAUCCCAGGAACUGCCUUUCAUCGCGGUAUAAAGGCUCGGGAUAGGAUGUACGCGAUGUUGGACUCGAUAAUUUCUAGGAGGAGAAAUGGAGAAGGAUUUCAACAAGAUUUCUUGGAAUCCCUGAUAAUGAAACAUAGCAAAUUAGCAGCAGGCAAAGAAGACAAUGAAGAUAAACUGACUGAUGCACAACUGAAGGACAAUAUAUUAACUUUGCUGGUUGCUGGUCAUGAUACCACAACUGCUGCUCUUACAUGGCUGAUCAAGUUCCUCGGAGAAAAUCCUUCUGUUUUGGAACAACUAAGAGAUGAACACUUAGAAAUACAAGCAAACAGAAAAGAUGGAACAAAUCUCACAUGGGCUGAAGUAAACAGCAUGCCUUACACAGCUAAAGUGAUCAAUGAAACUCUUCGGCGAGCAACAAUACUACCUUGGUUCUCAAGAAAAGCAGCACAGGAUUUCGAGAUUGAUGGAUAUAAAAUCAAGAGAGGUUGGUCAGUCAACUUGGAUGUAGUUUCGAUCCACCAUGACCCUGAAAUGUUUGCCGAUCCCGAGAAGUUUGACCCCUCAAGAUUUGAUGCACCAUUAAGGCCCUUCAGCUUUCUUGGAUUUGGUAGCGGACCCCGUAUGUGUCCUGGAAUUAACUUGGCCAAACUCGAGAUCUCAAUAUUCAUUCAUCAUCUGGUUUGCAGAUACAAAUGGAGAGCUCUGGAGAGGGAUGAUUCGGUCCAGCCAACACUUGUUAGGAUGCUGAGAAACAAGUAUCCGAUUGUCGUCGAAACACUUUGAAAGAAGGAAAGAGGUGAAAAUCAAAGACGAAUAUUUAGAAAGAAUGUCAAGAUCAAGAAGAAGAUAAUAUAAACUACACUUUGGAGAAGAGCAGAAGCAUGGCAGGUAGUUGGCUCUGAAAGAUAAUCUGAUAAAAUGUAGUGUGUGUGAAUCUUCCAAUGAUUUUGGGAAUAAUGUAAUUUUAGC